CUAGAGUUGAACAUAUACUCUUUGUAGAAGAAUGGAUUCGUUGACACUCAACCAGUUUGCUGUACUCCUGUGGAAAAAUUUUACCUUAAAGAGGAGGAAACUCAUUAAUUCAAUAUUGGAAAUCUUUUUAGCAUUGGUAUUUUCAGUAGUGCUUUUGAUAUUUCACACACUUACUGAAAUAAAGAUUCUUGGGCCUCACAAGUUCACUUCUCAACCCAUCAGUACUCUGCCUUAUUACAUCAGAAAUGCCAGCGAAUGGGAAUUGAUUUACAUCCCUUCUGAUAUUGAUGUGGUGAAAGAAAUCACUGAGAAUGUGAAGAGGAAUCUAAACAUCAGUAUAAAAGUUCGAGGCUUUUCUUCAGAAAGGGAGUUUGAAAAGUACGUUCAGUAUGAUUAUGCGUCUCAAAAAGUGCUUGCCGCCAUUGUUUUUGACUGUGACUUCGAAAACAGCAAUGAUCCUUUGCCACUUCAGGUAAAAUAUCAUCUGCGUUUUGUUAGAGUGCAGAGGACCAUCUGGUGGCCAGACAAGAUAGGCUGGCAAACAACUCUUCUUUUUCCUAAUCAUCCUUCUUCAGGCCCCAGGAACCCAGAGCUUAGUGAUGGAGGAAGUCCUGGGUACAUCAAAGAAGGAUUCCUGGCUGUUCAGCAUGCUCUGGAUAAGGCCAUCAUGCUGUAUCAUGAGAGCAGUCUUGGAAAAAGGCUAUUUGAUGGCAUUACCAUCUUUGUACAGAGAUUUCCAUACCCAGCUUUUCCUCAUCAUGGAUUACUUUGGGUCGCCAGUCCUUUUCUCCCUUUGAUGUUUAUACUUACGUUUUCUCCACUUGUACUUUCCAUCAUGCAGUACAUUGUGCAAGAAAAGGAAAACAGAUUGAAGGAAUACCAGCUUAUAAUUGGACUUAGAAACUGGAUCAUUUGGGCUGCUUAUUUUUUCACAUUCUUCCUUUUAUAUAUUAUUAUUAUAUCUUUGAUUUGUGUAUUAUUCUUUACCAAGGCAAAUGAGCCAAUCUUGCGCCACAGUGACUGUAGUUUCAUCUUUGUCUUCUUUGUGUGUUAUGCCAUUGCUUCAAUAUUCUUUGGCUUUAUGGUUAGCACAUUAUUCGAUAAAGCCCAUUUGGUUGCUUCUGCUGGAAACCUGAUGUUUUUUGCCAGUUUCUUUCCAUUUAACUUCAUCUUUCAACACUAUGGAAAGAUACCCAUCAGUAACAAGGUGGCUGCCUGUCUCAGCUCAAAUGUUGCAUUGGCACUGGGAAUUAAUCUUCUGAUCAAGUUGGAAAUAAAAGAGAUUGGUGUUAAAUGGCAUAACCUUUGGACACCAGCCAGUCUUGAUGAUAACCUCAUCUUUGGCUAUCUGUUGGGAAUGCUUUUACUUGAUGCUUUCUUAUAUGGCCUUGUUACCUGGUAUGUAGAAACUGUCUUUCCUGGGCAGUGUGGCGUGCCCCAACCGUGGUACUUUUUCCUUCUGCGCUCAUAUUGGUUUGGAAAACCAAGAAUUAAAGAGGAAAAAGAAAACGUUGAAGAAUGGAGGAACACAGAGAAGCACCUAUUUGAGGCUGAACCUAUUAAUUUGGUAGCAGGUAUCCAGAUUAAACAUUUGCAUAAGGAAUUCAAUGGCAAAGCAGCAGUAAAUGACUUGUCUUUGAAUGUGUAUGAAGGGCAGGUCACUAUUCUUCUGGGACAUAAUGGGGCAGGAAAGAGCACAACUUUGUCUGUUCUUACAGGUCGUUUUCCUCCUACCAGAGGAGAAGCCCAUGUUAAUGGACUUGACAUUUCAGAUAACAUGAUUGAAAUUCGGAAAAACUUGGGUUUCUGCCCACAGCAUGACUUGUUAUUUAAACACUUGACACUAUCAGAACAUCUUUUUUUCUACUCUGUGAUAAAAGGAAUGCCACUAAAGAUGCAUCCUUUGGAAAUUGACCAUAUGCUGUCUAUUUUUGACCUGCUAGAAAAUCGCCAUGCAUUUUCUCACUCACUGAGUGAAGGAGCAAAGCGCAAACUCUCUGUCAUUAUAGCACUUAUAGGGGGCUCUAAGGUAGUCAUUCUUGAUGAACCGUCAUCUGGCAUGGACCCGGUCUCAAAGAGGCUCACCUGGAAUCUCCUUCUGCAAUAUAAACACAAUCGUACCAUCUUAGUGACCACCCCCUACAUGGAUGAAGCUGACACCCUGGGUGACCGCAUUGCCAUCCUGGUCAGGGGGACUCUGCAGUGCUGUGGCUCUUCUGUCUUCCUGAAACAAACAUAUGGUGCUGGAUAUCACAUAGUCAUGCAGAGGGAACCUCUUUGUGAUGUUGAAAAAAUCUCAGCAAUGAUUCAGUCUCAUGUUCCAGGCGCCGAGUUAGAGAAUGAUAUUGGAGAUGAAUUAUCAUUUGUACUACUCAAAGAAUACACACACAGGUUUGAAGCUCUGUUUGAUGAGUUGGAAAAGAAUCAGAAAGAGCUGGGCAUUGCCAACUUUGGGGUUUCAAUCUCUACCAUGAAAGAAGUCUUCCUUAAGGUCAAUAAGCUGGCAGCUUCCCAAAUGACUAUUCAGGACCAAAACAUAAGAAAAGACAAACAGCAGAAUAAGAACAUGUCCAGAAGUUUUGAAAGUUAUGAAAGACCAGGUUUUUCCAGAACUUUUCCAGAACUUGCUACCAUUAAAUUUAAUACUGGGUUUCCUCUUUACCGCCAACAGUUUUGUUCCAUGUUUAUAAAAAGGGCACUAUUCAGUUGGCGCAACUGGAAGUUGAUCUUGCUACAGAUAAUAGUAAUUUUGGCUGUCACUACAUACCUCUUAAUAGCUCUGCAAUUAAAGGAUGAUGAUGUGCCUGCAAGGGAAAUGGAUUUGACUCAUUAUGGACGAACCAUUGUGCCUUACUCAAUUUCAGGGAAUUCUUAUUUGACUGUGAAUUUCAUAAGGAAUCUUGAUAUUUUUCUAAAGUCCCAAAAUCAAGAACUACGGAAAGUUAAAGGUAGUGUGCAGAAUUACAUAUUGGAAAGUAAAGAGUGUCGUGAAUUCUGCAUUAUUGCACUUUCCAUUGAGGUUGGAAAAAACACAACAGUAUUUACUAUUUUGUUCAAUAAUGAGGCAUACCAUUCAUCUGCAACAUCCCUGGCAGUGUUAGACAACAUUCUUUUUAUGUUACUCUCUGGCCCUAGAGCUUCUAUUACAGUCUCCAACAAGCCUCAGCCACUCCCUGUUUAUGGUUCUAAUGCAGCGCCUAUAAAUGGAUUGCAAAUAGUACAAUGUUUGGCUUUUGGAGUUUCUAUUCUGGCCGGUAGCUUUUGUCUCCAAACAGUAACUGAAAGGAUCAGUAAAGCAAAGCAUAUCCAGUUUCUGAGUGGGGUCUAUGUACUUACAUACUGGCUGUCUGCUUUGUUGUGGGAUCUCAUCUGCUUCUCCGUUCCCUGCUUCUUACUACUGGUGAUAUUCAAAUUCUGUGAAGUGGAAGCCUUUGUUGUGAAUUACAACUUUCUGGACACAAUGUUGAUCUUUAUGCUGUACGGCUGGUGUAUUGUUCCUCUCAUGUAUCUCGGAAGCUUCCUGUUUUCUAGUGGGACUGCUGCCUCCAUCAAGCUUACUCUCUUUAACUACAUUUCAAUUGUUUGCAGUAUCAUCAUUCAGAGUGUGCUACAGUUUUAUGGUAAGGACUUCACACAUUUUUUUUCCUUUCUCAUAAAUAAUGUAUUAAUGGUGCUUCCUAGUUACAACUUUGCAAUGAGUAUCAGCAGAUAUUUUGAUGAUUAUGAAUUGAAAAAACUUUGUACCAGGAAAUUUAAAAGCAUCUACCUGGAUUGUAGUAAAUCAUUAACUCAGAACAAUAUCUAUAGUUUUGGAGAACACGGGAUUGCAAAGUUUCUGGUUACACUGGCUGCCAUGGGUUUGAUUUUCCUCCUCUUGCUUUUUUCUCUGGAGACUGCAUUCUGGAGCCUGAAAAACUUUGUUUUUCAUAACAUUAUUUUUAAUUUCUUCAAUUUAUUAACAAAAGUCAAGACGGCUGUAGCACCCAACCAAGCAAUCAAGGAGCGUGAGGAUGAAGCUAUAACAAAAGAAAGAAACAAAGUCCUGACCCUGCUUCAAACAUUGCAGACUACCCCAGUGCUGCUUAACAAAGUUAGCAAGAUUUAUUAUAAGUGUCCAGUUGUACGAGCCGUAAGAAAUAUCUCCCUUGUAGUUCAACAGUCAGAGUGCUUUGGAUUGCUUGGAUUGAAUGGAGCUGGGAAAACCACUAUAUUCAAAAUGUUAACUGGAGAGGAGACCAUCACCUCUGGAGUUGUGUUAAUUGAUGGCAGUAGUGUCACUGAAAAUAUCAGAAAGAUUAGGUCAAGAAUUGGCUAUUGUCCUCAAUCUGACUCCGUGCUGAACCACAUGACAGGUCGGGAAUUGCUGAUCAUGUAUGCCAGGCUUUGGGGGGUUCCAGAGUCAGACAUUUACAAGUAUGUAGAAGUCUUUUUGUGUUCAGUGCACCUGGAACCACUUGCUGACAACUUUAUCUACACAUACAGUGGAGGAAACAAACGUAGGCUGAGCACUGCUAUUGCCCUAAUGGGAAAGUCCUCAGUUGUCUUACUGGAUGAGCCAUCCACUGGCAUGGACCCAGUAGCCCGACACCUGCUUUGGGACACAGUUACAUGGAUCUGUAAAACUGGUAAAGCUAUCAUCAUAACUUCUCACAGCAUGGAAGAUUGUGAGGCCCUCUGUACUAGACUGGCGAUCAUGGUAAAGGGGAUGUUCAUAUGCCUAGGCAGCCCUCGGCACGUCAGAAAUAAAUUUGGUAAUAUACACACACUAACAGCAAAGAUUAAUAUUUCUAAGGAUGAAGAUAAAGUUAAAAAGUUUAAACAAUUCAUUGAGAAGGCUUUCCCAGGUAACAUCAUAAACCAGGACUAUCAAGGGAUUAUUGGCUACUUCAUUCCAAGCAAGGAAAUUUGCUGGGGAAAGGUGUUUAGUAUUUUGGAGAAAGCCAAAGUGCUAUUCAAUUUAGAAGAUUAUUCCAUCAGUCAGAUAACACUGGAACAAAUCUUCCUGACCUUUGCUAAUGUUGAUAAAUUAGAAAACAGUCAAUAA